UUUCAUUAACAUAAAAUGAAAUAAAGCAACAAAAAUACAAAAAAAAACUCAGUCAAGUGUAGUUUACUUCGUCUAAAUGUUUUCUUAGAGUUAACUUUAGUCAGUUUAAGGAACCAAACUCAUACCCAUACAAAAGAAAUAAAAAGCCUCCCAGUGUUCUUCGAGCUGAUCUUCGUCUAUGUAUCCAAAUGGUACUACUCUGUUCAUCCGAAAUCUUCGAACUGAUCUUCGUCUAUGUAUUCAAAUGUUAAGUACUACUGCUCAUCCGAAAUCGUCCAACAGACUAUCGAUUAUGGAACAGCUGUUCGAUCGUCAAUAUCAAAGCGCUCAGGCGGCAGCACUGUGUACAACAUGCCAGAAGCCUACCACCAGCCCCUAGCGAGCUCCGUAGGGCAAAGCUGCCCGUCGCUGGUCACCGAUAAGGGUAUCUGGUGCCCAGGCUAUCCGGUGAAAUACGAUGAUACGAGCACUUACAGCCCGUCCAUUUCUUCGGGGGACCAUACAAGUAAUGAAAUGCCAUCAAAAGAAACAAUGACAUCGAAUCCGUGCAGUGGGUCCGUCUGCACAUUUCCCAGCAAAAAUGAAAAGAAAGUGCAAAAGACAGCCCGCGUGGUGGCGUUACGACGUAUGUUUGUGCGUCGCUGGGAUCUCAUCAAGAAGUCAACCAUUCGUAGAUCGCGGAAUUCAUCAGUUACACGGAAAGAAACCAAAACCAGUUGUAAAAAAUCUGUAUACAAUGAAGUUGGAACGGAAAUGGACACCAUGAUCAACGCGGCAACUAUUACAUCGAGUUUGGCCAAAAGUCGACAUUUUAACUUAUUACGAGACACAGCAGCAGCGACAUCUGGUUUAUCAGUUAAGAAAAGGAAGGGUCUGUGUGUUGCCACAAGUAUCAGCGAUGUGAAGCACCUACUGCCUGCACCAACGGUAUAUCACGCUGGGACACAGAUUACGAGAAGUCCGUUUUCGAAUAAAGGAAAAUUUCACAGGAAACAAAGGAAACUUUCAUUUUGGAAAUGGAGAAUUUCGAUCCCCAUACAAAAAUAUAAAAAGUUUCGGAAAUUUUUCCAUGUGAAAACUUGGAAAUUUUGGAAACUUUCCGACGGCGGCGGCGCAUCAGUAGGCAUAGGUCCACUAACUAGAAGAGGAGUAUCUUUUAAUGGUGGAUCAACUGAAGUUACAAGUCAACGGUCGUCCAGCCUGAGGCCCAAAGUGGACUGCACAGUAAUGGCUGGGACCAACACACCCGGACAACCCCCAUUCCGCCCAACUCAACUUUCCCGGGGAGUCGAAUCAAGGAAAUCAACCCUUCACAACCGACCCUUAUUUCGCCCGUCUAAAUGGGCCGAUAUCGUCGUCAAUAAGAUAAUCAAAAACAUCCGAUCGAACUCUCGAAAGAAACUGACUACCGAAUCUCGUGCGACUACGAUGACUCCAGUUACAACCUGUUCUUUCUCAAACGACACAAGAAGCAUGCUCUCGUAUUUCAUGCCUAACGAUGAAUUAGGAAUAAUCUCCUCCAAGUGCAGUCGGGAUUGUAAUACAUCUAAUUUCUGUAACAUGGAAACAGAUAAUUACAGUUUACCAUUUUGCCCUUCUGACUUGGCUGAGAAACUCGCAGAAAAAAUCAUUAUACAUAUUACUAAGAAGCCCACGGGAUAUAAGCUUAUCGGGUGGCCAACCGAUGAAUGUUGCGCCGAUGUGGCGACCGAAUGUGGUAUAUAUCAACUCGGAGCCCAGCACCCAUCUCACAGCUCCGUUCGGGCGCUAAAAAGUGAGUCCCCACGCUCAAGCGAAUCAUUGAAGCUAUACAAAUGCACGAUACCAGAGGAGGAUACAGAUUGCGAGAAACUGCAAUCUGAUCCUGAAACCCCGGAAAAUAAUUCCCACUCAACCAGCGACGAUAUGAACAAAAAUACCGUCGUAGAGAAAGACACAGAAUGCCACAGUUCUCAUUCAUCUGAACAAGCACCAAAGAGUGCCUCUGCAGAGUUAUCAGAGAAUUCUAAUAGCUCAAACCAUUCCACCAAGCUCAAUAUUACCGUUUUGAAGAACGAUUCAAAUUUACGUCGCAAGCCCUUCCGUCUACCCAAGCAAGCAUUUCUGAGUUGCUUCACUGGCCAACCCUCGGAAGACUCCUCUAUACGCUCCAAGUCCUUGCCUAAACUCAAACUGAAGUCAGAAACUGAUCCAGAUUUAAUAAAUUUUCAACCGAUAAAGCUGAAUUUGUGGCCGGCGUACUCUGAAGGCUCGGGGAUCGCAAGAUGUCGUACAAUGCUCAAUACCGGCUUAGCCGAAGAUGAUUUUUUUAAUAUAAUGGAACAAUUAGCGACACAAAUUUCGUGCGAAGUAGAGAAGCUGAAAGCAUGUUCUCAACGAUACUCAGAUUUGAAACGGCGUUAUUAUGGAAACAAAUCAAGUUGGCAACCUACUAAUCCUUCUAAUGAAUUCCUAAUCACCAUCACCGAGCAUGAAGGAAACAAUGAGAUUGUUGGUCGAUUCAAAAAAGAAACUUGUCAAAUUGAUCGCAAUAGUCAGGCGGAACAAGUUACAUUCAAAAUCACGGCUAUGAAACCGAAAUAUGAUGUGAGACUACAGGAAAUUACCAACAACAUAAAAAGUACGUACAUGUAUUUCUUACAUUACUGAUUUAUUUAUGUAUGUAUAUAUUUAUUGUACAUAGAAAUAAAAACACGAAAAACACAGUUACCGAACUUAUCCCUGUAUGGGAUCUCUUCCAGUUAACCUUUGAGGAAAUGAGUAAAACAGAAGUAACGGUGAAUGAAUGACAAACAGAAACAAAAGUGUACAAUGACUGAAAUUAAUAAAAUGCACGUUUUGAAUACAAAUUGAUACAAAUAUACAUAGAUAG